AUGAAACUCACAAUCCCCUCCUCGCUCCUGACCCUCGCCGUCCUGGCCAACGCCCACGGCUACUUCGAAUCCCCCAUCGGCCGCCAACCGGGCGAUGCCUUCAAAGCCGCCUGCGGCCAACAAGCCUACGACAUGAUGCAAGCCGACAUCAACGGCAACAUCCAAGGGCUCGAGCAAUUAACGGCCAACCAAGCCGAUUAUAAAGCGUCGGAGUGUGAAUUGUGGAAAUGUAAAGUAAGUAUACGUAGCGACUCCACCGAAACAAACCGCACAUUGAGGGGUCCCUAUAACUCACGCUCGCUGAAAAAAAUAAAUAGGGAAUGAAAUACACCGACAACACGGCCCAGGUACAGACCUACAAAGCAGGCGAAAAAGUACCGCUAUACUUCAACAUCCGCGCCCCCCACGACGGCUACGCCAACGUCUCCAUAAUCGACACGACAUCGAAUGCCAUCCUAGCGGCGAACCUGAGCGCGUGGGAUCGCUACGCUCUGACAGAAGUCCCGAUAAAAACCACCUGGACGAAUUUCACCGUGACGAUGCCGACGGAUCUGGGAAGCAAGUGUGCGAGUGCGGGGACGUGUGCGAUUCAGAUGCAUUGGAAUGCGCAGAGUAUUAAUCAGACGUAUCAGAGCUGUAUUGAUUUUACUAUGGCGGGGAGCUCGAAGGGGAGGAGGAAGAGACAUGCGAGGGAGUUUGCUUGA